GAUGCCCUGUUCAUGAUCGGAAGUAGGGCGAGAUAGAAUCGGGCGAGGUCUAGGCUACGAAGUUGAACAUUCAUCAGUAAUCUAAAGCACUGUCCUACAGAAAGGGGAGUUGCUGGAGUAAAUUAUGGACAGGCAGGCGAAAAAAAACAAGGUAUGUGGUAAUGAAAUUUACCGCGGCCGAGAAGUACAUAAGCAUUUUGCUUUUCCCGUUUCGCAUUUCGCGUUUCCCAUUUCGCAUUUCGCGUUUCCCAUUUCCCGUUUCGAAUUUUGCGUUUCCCGUUUUGCGUUUCCCGUUUCCCGU